AUGUAUGGAACCCCCAGCGUAAUAGUUUGUGAUAAUGGGAAGCAAUUUGUAUCCAACCAGUUUAAGGAUUUAGUUUCAGAGUACGGUGUAAAACUAUGGUACACUCCUUAUUAUCAUCCUCAGGCUAAUCCCACUGAACGAGUAAACAAGGUCAUUGGCUCGGCUAUAGCUUCUUACGUGGAAGAUAAUCACAAGGAAUGGGACAAGUACAUACCACACAUAGGUCAUGCAAUCAGGACAUCGGUUCAUGAAGUGACCGGGAAAACGCCAGCGUAUUUGUUUUUUGGACGCGAAACAAUAAUCCGGGCCAUGAAACCUUACAACUUUGAACCGGGUCAACCGAUAACUUUCGAUAAAGAGAGAUUUGAAAGAAAUAUGGCCUUCAGAAAUAAAAUUUAUGAGGAAGUUUCUGAAAGAAUGCGGCAGUCACAUGAGACCAACAGUGAUCAGUACAAUAAGAGACGUCGUACUUGUAGAUAUGAUGAGGGUGAUCUGGUUUGGAAGCGCACUAAGCUGCUAUCGAAUGCUGACAAGUCUUUUAUGUCCAAAUUGGCACCUAAGUUUGAAAAAGCAGUCGUAGCCGAAAAGAUAUCAGACGACGUUUACAGACUAAAGAGUUUCAAGGGAAAAGAUUUAGGAAAAUGGCAUUCUUGUGACCUUAAACGUUUGGUUUGA